AUUUCUAGGACUCUUUUUUACUUUCACUUCAGAGAUAGUUCUGCUUCCAUUGUGAACGCUCAAAUCUUAGGUUUACAAGAAGUCAGAGAUGGAAUUUAAUCAGCUGAAGGAGAACAUAUUUUCUUACACCCUAAAUAACUGCACCCUGGGAAACCAAGGCUUCAACCGAGUCCUCAUACAGCUCAUGGGCUUCCUGGGACACGGGAAAUCAUCCCUCAUCAACUCGUGUAAAUAUGCACUCCAUGACCAGCAGUUCAAAGCCCAUGCUGCAUCUGGCUCAGCUGAUGGUGGCCUCACCGUUGUUAGGAACGCCUAUCCACUCACCAGUACCAUCACCAUGGUGGACAAUCGAGGAUGUGCCACGUUAAACUCCUUAGAGACCGGGGAGAUUUACACUCAUCUGGGGAAUUUCGUCCCAUUGAAUAGAGGAGUUGAAUGGACAAAGGAAUUUGAUGCAGUGUUGGAUCGCCUUGAAGACUCAGACUUAGAGCCAAACUACAGUGAUAUUAUUGUGCCCAUAUUCGUUUACAGUGUGAAGAGAGAAAUUGCACCAAACGAGGUGGAGAUAAUCAAGACAUUCCUCAAAAUCUGUCGAGAUCUCACAGGGUUCUUCCCCAUCAUCGUCCUCACCCAUAAGACCAGCGGUAACUUCUCCAAAUUCCGUGAUUUGUUUGAGGGGAUGGGGGCUGAGGAAAUCUUCUCUGUAGAGAAUUACACACAAGAAGACAACCUGAAGACCUUGGGAAGACAUUUGCAAUUCCUGAACCUGAUCCAUAAAGUCCUACAAAAUGUUAAUUUCAGAAUGAUGGAGGAACGGAACCCCAAAAAAGAGAGAGCCGAGCGCAAGAAAUUUAUCCAAAAGUUCUUCCAUGAGAGAGAAGUGCAUAAAUAAGGAACAUUGGGGGCUUGGAGAAAUAAGGGACAUGGGAGGCAUGGAGAAAUGAGGGACAUAGGGGACAUGGGGAGCUUGGACACAUGAGGGACAUAGGGGGCAUGGACACAUGAGGGACAUAGGGGACAUGGGGGCAUGGACACAGGAGGGACAUAGAGGACAUUGGAGCAUGGACACAUGAGAAACAUAGAGGACAAGGGGGCAUGGACAUAUGAGGGACAUAAAGGACAUGGGGGCAUGGACAUAUGAGGGACAUAAAGGACAUGGGGGCAUGGACAUAUGAGGGACAUAAAGGACAUGGGGGCUUGGACCCAUGAUGGACAUGGGGGCAUGGACACAUGAGGGACAUAGAGGACAUGGGGGCAUGGACACAUGGGGGCAUGAACACAUGAGGAACAUAGUGGACAUGCGGGCAUGGGCACAUGAGAUACAUGGGGGACAUGAAGGCUGUGAAAACCCUUGCAUAUCAAUAAGAUUCACAUGUCAAUAAUAGCUAAAUAGAGUUGAUUGAAUUUGUUGAAAUUUGUUUUUAGUCCCAUUUGUCCACUUAAAAAAAAAAAAUAGGGGGCUAUUUAUCAAACUGAUGUAAGAGAGCCGUGCCUUCCCUGCACAACCAAGUAUCCAAUAAAAUCAAGUGUGC